AUGACAAAAAAGAAAAUUAAGUCUGUCGAACGUAAGAAUCUUCUCCAGACUGGUGGUCGUCCACCUCCAACAACAAACCCCGAAAAUGCAGAUAACCUAUGUUCAUUGCUCCUUAGCGAAUUUGUCAUUGACACAAAUGAAUUUGAUUCUGAUGAAAUAAAUCAGGACACAAAGAGUACAGUAAAGGAUAUCACAGUAGAAAUGCUUCAGGAGGUCCAAAAUACACAAGAGGUUGUAUCUAUUGGCUUACCACCAAAACUACUCUUUACACCCUCUAAGUAA